UACGUCAUUCAAUCUUCCGCACACCCAAAUCCCCCUCGUACCCAUACAGCUCUGAAUUCCUACAUCUGCGGACGCCCUCUUAGCUCUCAAGCCAGCAGAGCAGAGAGCAGCCGCGGCAGUGAGCACCAAAGCAACAGGUUUCGGACAUCUGUGAGAGAAGGGAAGCAUGUCAUCGAAGCCUGGAAAGACAAAGAGCAAGGCUACGCGUUGGGGAAAGGCAGCGACGGCGAAACCAGCAGCUGCUGCUGGCGGACGAGGUGGCAUCGUCGGCAUGGAAACAGAUGAAGCAAGGAGGAUCAGAAACGCCGCAAGAUUUGCGGCACACAUUGGUGGGGGAUCGAAUUCCCAGCAGCAAGGUAGCGGCAAAAAGCGAUCGCGAUGGGCCAUGGGCAACGGCAGCGGUAGCAACAGCACGGACCCGGUGCGAGGCACGUCGAGCUCGCUCGAGAAGAGCUACUUCCGUCUCACGUCCGCACCCAAGCCUUCGGACGUGCGCCCUCCAGAAAUCUUGAUGAGAUCGCUUCGGCACGUGAAGCGCAAGUGGGCCACCGAGGAAGACUACGAGUUCGUGUGUGACCAGCUCAAGGCUAUCCGGCAAGAUCUCACCGUGCAGGCCAUCGAGGACGGCCUGACGGUGGACGUGUACCAGACGCACGGGAGGAUAGCGCUGGAGUCGGGGGACAUGGAGGAGUACAACCAGUGCCAGUCGCGCCUGAAGGAGCUCCACCUCUCGGGCGUGCCCGGCGUGAGCAUGGACGAGUUCACCGGUUACCGCCUCAUCUAUUCACUUUACCGCGAGAAUCAUCGGGAGGUGAACGCGACGAUGAUGGACCUGUCGCAGGAGGCGAGGCAAGGGGAAGGCGUGGCGCACGCGCUGGGGGUCGUGAAGUCCUACCACAUGGGGGACUACUGCACCUUCUUCCGCCUGUACUUCGCCGCCCCGGCGAUGAGCUCGUAUUUGAUGGACUUUCUUGUGAUGAGGAUGCGCCGGCGAGCGAUCAAAACGAUGAUCAAGGCCUACCUGCCAACUAUUCCUCUGUCCUUCAUUCAGGAACAGCUGAGGUUCGACAGUCGGGACUCGUUGCUGGAGUUCAUCGACAAGGACGUCGAGGCGGCUCUUGCCGCACCGAAGGAUGGCGAAGAGGCGGCGAUAGACGUGAAGGCCACUCGAGCCGCAUGGGCCAGGUUGUAGGACAGGUUGCCAAGAGUCGAGGGUAUGGUACGGCGUGCGAUUGAUUUCACACCUGCGGUCGUUGUCGGUUCCAGUCAAAGUCGCGCACCUUCUACGCGGAGCCGAAUGGGCGCGGAAUGGCAGGAUGAUUCAAGUACACUACAAGUAUUGUGAUUGGUGUUGGUGAGGUUUUCGAGUCAAAGACACCGGGUCUGUCCCACGAAGGGAAAAGGGUGCCAAACUCGAGCGAUGUUUGUUUUUGGAAAUCGUUCAAUGGUGCUCUCCGCUCCCGGUGAUGGUGGUGGGGACACCCCCCCCGUGAGAGUUACCAAGCAACGAGGCGGUACAGAUUUCGUCAUGUCCGCAGUAUCUUACAUUCUCCAGUACUGUACGCGCGGCACAGCAGUGUGAGGCCUGGGGGGGAAGAUAUACAUUAGAGCGUACCCGAUGCAACCUAUAAUGCAUAUCAGCAUGUCCAACCACCGCAUCGAUUGAGAAUC